AUGGGGGGGUUGAAGUACCGCAACCGCGUCCCGCGGCCCGCAGACGAUAUUACGCCUGAGGAGCAAGAGCAAUCUCGCAAUGCUAAUAUAGAGCCUAUUCUAGCGGCACUGAUUACGACGGGUCGGGCUUUUGACAGCUUUACGCAUGCGCAAGAGUCCAAAACGUUUACACCAGUGCCGUGGGCUGACUCAGACCCGAUAAUUCGGGAUCUCCGCGUCCAGUUUCGAGAGGCGUUUGAAUAUCACCUGUGGCUUGCACGACAGUCUUGGAGCCCCCGGGAUCCGACAGAUACCGACAACGACGGCUGGGAGAGCGAAGUUGAUUCUGGGCCAAACUCCGACAGCGGGGAACACCUUGGAAGCGCGGAUGAUUCCGGGUCCGACACCGACAGCUGGCACGUCACAAGCGUCUCCGAUUUCAAUUCAAGCAGCCGCAGCGAAGACGAAGACAACGAUUAUAUCCAUGUCCCUGAACCUAAUCGCAACGACGACAGCGACCAUGGUCUUCAUGUUGAAUUCGGCGAAAGCGAAGACGAUGCGGAUUCCACGUCUCUUAACAGAGGGCACGAGGAGAGAACGACCUUGGUAGCGGAGACGUUUGCGCGUCUUGACCAAUACAUCGGUGCACAUGGGUGGAGCAGCACGCCAAAGUCAUACGUCCCUGCCAGCGAGCCACGUGGGAUAUUGUUCAAUCUAAUUGCGGCGACCAUGUUCAAAUCACCCGAAGAGUUCGCUGAAAACUUCACCUAUGACUACAUGAGAAAAUUGGGCAUAGAGUUUGAGCCUAAGUGGAACGGUCAUAAUGGCAUGCCUGCAACAUAUGCUCUAUUCCCUUUCAGCGGAUAUUGGUUCCUCGCGUAUACGAGUCCCCGGAACGACAACCCUUAUUAUGCUAGAAAGCAGCGAGAACUCCGAGACGCAAACGUAGGUCGACGGCGAUUCGCUAGAAUGAUGGAAAGGGCAAAUAAGGAACUCCAACAACAAGAACUACGAUUCGUGAUCAAGUACCUCCACAACAAACAGACAGAAAUAUGGAGGAGGUACCGGAAGCGGAUCGAGGAGCCCGAGGUCAUCGACAAAGUUCUCACAAAAGCACAGAGAAUAUGCCGGAAGCGAAUCGUUUCGCAGCGCAAGAGCCGCAAAAACGAUGUCCUAAGGCACCCAAAGGUGUAUUGCUUUGCCUUUAACCCUUCUAUGAAAAGGGUGCCUUGUUGCUGGCGUUGCCGGGCGCUGCAUAAUUUCAGAGAGUACGACGGCUGGGGCGAGUUUAAGGUGCUGUCAUUUGGUUGGGACCGUCAAGGAAAAUAUCCCUGCGGUUGUGCCGAGUCCCUUGCAACACUUAUAACCCUAUACCUACGUCCCCAAGCGAACGGAGUGCGACGGGGCACCUGGCACAAGCGGCGAGGCGUCUUGCACAUGCGGCGGUGA